CUACGAAUUGGUUUCCCGCUCGCACGAUGAGCCCAAAAGAAUUUCAAUUCUAACGUUCGAAUGGCGCCGCAAUCCUAUUGGUCCAGAGCCGCCCAACACGAAAAUUGUGGCGGGGCUUCAAAAUCACUUGAAACGGCCGCGUAUGAAUGCUUCUUUUGUUCGAUUAAAAUAAUAAAUUUGCAUUCAAUUUGUAGCUUUGUUCCCGACGCAUGCGUUCUUCAUCUCCAACAAACAAGUUUCUCCGCCGCUUUCAAUUUCCCAUCCGCGUGAUCGGUUGCUUGCUUUUCCAUGGAAAGGUUUGCUGUUUCUAUAUUUGCGACUUAGGGUUUUGGGUGGGAUUAUUGUGAGCUAAGGUUACUACUGGAAAGUCGUUUUAGGGGUCGAAUUUGGAGCAUGAUUUUGCUGAACUGAGAGUUCUAGCCAGGGGCUUGUUAAAAUCGAUGUUUGGUGCGAAGCUAGGGCUUUGUUUUUCGGGUCGGAGAGUGAUUCUCUGAAUAUCAAUUGUCGGCGAAGAAUAUGAUUGUUGAAGGGACGGUGAAAUUCGCAAUGCCGAACCUCAAGCGGUGCAAGGCGGAGGGCAUUGGUAACCCAGGAGACGACGAGUUGUGCUUUGUGUAUCCCAAGGUGCAGAAGACAAAUGUUUCUCACUCGGUUCCUCUCAGCGGCUCCGGUCAGUUGCACGGCGAGGAAGUUAAGAAGGAUGGUGCAGCACUUUCUGAAGAUUACGAAUUUUCUUCUGAUAAAGGUGAACCUGCGAUGCUGAGUAAGAACAUAAAAUAUUGUGAAAUCUCCACUCAAAGUCAGCAAUUGUCCACCGAAGAGGACUUGGAGGAUGAGUUCAAUUUCCAUAAACACAAUACUAAUCUCUCUUCUCUGAAAGCUGAGGGAGGAGAGAGCGUCUGCAAUGGGUUGAAGGAUUUUGUUACUAAAAUAAAUUCAAUGUCGCAUAGUUCUGUCACCUCGGUUCGUGAUGGUAGUGCUUCACCUUUGUUAGAAACUGCUGAGUACCCACAAUUAUUGGCCAGUACUUCUGAAGGCAAUGAGAGAUUGGCAGAGCAGAAAGCUGCAAAGAGGAGGGACUUUUAUAAGCCAGAGGAUUUUGUUUUGGGUGAUAUAGUAUGGGCAAAGUCAGGGACGAAAUACCCAGCCUGGCCAGCUAUUGUGAUUGAUCCUAUGCAGCAAGCUCCUCAAACAGUCUUGAGGGUUUGUGUUCCUGGAUCUGUUUGUGUGAUGUAUUUUGGCUAUUCAAAAAAUGGAAAACAAAGGGACUAUGCAUGGGUGAAAGAUGGCAUGAUUUUUCCUUUCCUGGAUUAUUUGGACAGAUUUCACAGACAGACCCAACUUUAUGGCAGCAAGCCAAAAGACUUUGAGAUGGCAAUAGAGGAAGCGUAUUUAGUAGAAAAUGGUUACAUUGAUGCAGGCCUUGGGACUGGGCAGGAAACUUAUCCUGCAAUGAAUCGCGGUGAGGUUGAAGAAGGAACCGGUUCCAACCAGGAUCUGGAGUGCUACCCAAAUAGGCAGGAUUUAUCUGUGAAGGACAGACAAUGCUGUGAUAGCUGUGGUUUGAUUGUACCAUGCAAAAGAACAAAGAAAAAGAAGGGAUCAAGUCAUGAAGCUCUAUAUUUAUGCCGGCAUUGUACUAAGUUACGGAAAUCAAAACAAUAUUGUGGCAUAUGUAAGAAGAUUUGGCACCAUACUGAUGGUGGGAACUGGGUAUGCUGUGAUGGUUGUAAUGUUUGGGUGCAUGCUGACUGUGCCCAAAUAUCCACCAAACUUCUCAAGGAUCUGAAGGACAUUGAGUAUUACUGCCCUGAGUGCAAAGGAACGUCAAGUUAUGAAGCAUCAGCUGUAGGAAAGUGCCAGUCAAAAGAUAGGUUUCCAGAGGAUACUGGAGAAAAUGUACUGCCAGAUAACCUACCUGUUGUCUGCACUGGCAUGGAAGGGCUCUACUUUCCAAGUGUUCAUUUAGUUGAGUGCAAGUGCGGUUCAUGUGGCACAAGGAAGCGCACACUUGGGGAAUGGGAACGACAUACAGGUUCAAGAGCAAAAAAAUGGAAGGUUAGCAUUAAAGUGAAGGGAUCAAUGCUACCACUGGUGAAAUGGAUGGAAGAGUAUAAUGUAUAUGGUUUUAAUCCUCUGAAAUUAAGUGAACAGAAGUUUCCUUCCUUUCUCAAAGAGAAAUAUGAACCUGUUUUUGUAAAGUGGACAACAGAACGGUGUGCUAUCUGUAGAUGGGUUGAAGAUUGGGAUGAUAACAAAAUUAUUAUCUGCAACAGGUGUCAAAUAGCAGUUCAUCAAGAGUGCUAUGGAGCAAAACAUGUUCAGGAUUUUACUUCGUGGGUUUGCAGAGCAUGUGAAACUCCUGAUAUUGAGAGGGAGUGUUGCCUCUGCCCUGUUAAAGGAGGUGCUUUGAAACCAACUGAUGUUGACAACAUGUGGGUUCAUGUUACGUGUGCAUGGUUCCGGCCUGAAGUUGCUUUUUUGGAUUUUAUAAAUAUGGAACCUGCAGUUGGUAUUCUAAGAAUUUCUUCAAGUUCUUUUGCAAGGGUGUGUAUAAUUUGCAAGCAAAUUCAUGGUUCUUGCACUCAGUGUUGCAUGUGUGCGACUUAUUUUCAUGUAAUGUGUGCAUCAAGGGCAGGAUAUUGUAUGGAAUUACACUGUGUGGAGAAGAAUGGGAGGCUUGCUACCAAAUGUGUAUCAUAUUGUGCUGUUCACAGAGUCCCAAACCCAGAGAAUGUUUUAGUUUUGCAGACUCCAGAAGGGGUAUUCUCCACCAGAAGUUUCCAAAAUCAAUAUCAGAAGCAAGAACAUUGCUUCAAAGAUUCAAAGGUAGUUUCAUCAAAGGCAACAGAGCUUCCUGUUUCCUCAAAUGUACAAAGUAAUGACUCUGAGCCACUCUCCGCUGCAAGGUGUCGCAUGUAUAUAAGAUCAAACAAUAAGAAGGCUGGAGCAAAGGCAAUAUUCCACCGGCUGGUGGGGCCACAAUGUCAUUCUUUUGACGCUAUAAAGAAUUUGUAUUCACAAGAAGUUGAAGAUCCAAAGGCUUUUAUGACAUUGAAGGAACGCCUCAACCAUUUACAGAGAACAGAAAAAUAUCGGGUUUGUUUUGGUAAAUCUGGAAUACAUGGAUGGGGGCUUUUUGCACGACAAGAUAUUCAAGAAGGAGAAAUGGUUGUUGAGUAUUAUGGUGAGAAGGUAAGGCGCAGCAUUGCAGAUUUGAGGGAGGCACGCUAUCAGUUAGAAGGCAAAGAUUGUUAUCUUUUCAAGAUUAGUGAAGAAGUAGUGAUUGAUGCUACAAAUAAGGGGAACAUGGCACGCUUGAUCAACCAUUCUUGCAUGCCCAACUGUUAUUCAAGGAUUUUGACCGCGGGUGAAGACAAUCGGAUUGUUCUAAUUGCCAAGACUGAUGUGGCUGCGGGUGAUGAGUUGACGUACAAUUACUUAUUUGAUCCCGAUGAGUCCAAAGUACCCUGUCUAUGUGGAGCUCCCAACUGUAGGAAAUUUUUGAACUAGGUUUACAGAAAAAAAGAAGACUCCCCCCCCAAAGUGAAAUGCACAGUAUGAAAUUAGGCCUCACAGCUUCAUAAUGUGUUUUAUACCCCAUCUGUUCAUGUAAUUUCUUAGAAUAAACUUAAAUUAACAGCCUUUUAUAAUGAUUGUAAAUUUCAUUGAUAAAGUUGUUCAUUUGGGUAAUUUAUAUAAAGUUGUUCAUUUGAUUCAAAGCACAA